AUGAAUUCCGCCUUCGGGUCAAAGAGAAAAGCUCGGAAGAUUCAGGUCAAUGACGAGGAUGAAGAGGUCGCAAAUGAUGCAGGAGGUUCCGGGGACUCUGUGAAUACUCCGACAUUAGGAAGUUCGGCUUCGAAUUCUGGAAGAAAACCAUUUAGGAAAUCCAGUCUGCGACAGAGCACACUGUUCGAUGAAGUAUCGCAAGACACGAAUGAUGCUGGCACAGACGAUACAGCGGAUAGUAAUAAUGGCGCCCAAACUACAAUCAAACCUACAGUAGGAAGGUCGAAUUCUACGAUAAAGAAGAAAAAGUCAACUGCCUCCAGACUAUCAUUUGGGACAGGCGAGAUCAUUUCAGGGGAUGCAGCGGAGGCACUGGAGGAUGAUGAGGCAUUCACCCCUAAGAAAGUUACAUUGGGACGUCGAGUUGUUGAGUCAAAUGCUUUCCGGAAAAGCCUCCAGCAUCAAGGCUUACCCACUCGAUCUGGUGAUAAUGACGAGGAGCGGCCAACAUACAGCAAAGACUACUUGAACGAAUUAAAAAGCUCUACGCCGAGUAGACCAAAAGAUUUAGAUGAUAUUCAAGCCAAUCUUGCGGAUGGUGAAGGGCUGGAUGCUUCAGAGUUGGAAGGGGCAAUGGUGGUGGACACCGAUGAGAAAUUUGGAUCGAGUUCGAGCGCUGCGUACAUACCCAGCGAGGCCGAGAUCAGGGAGAAGAAGGAGCGGCGGGCACGUCUGGCACGAGAAAAAGAUUUCAUAUCUCUCAACGAUGACGACGGUGAUGAUCGAAGGCAGCUAUCGUUCCUACCGCGGAAGAAGAAGGCAGAAUCUCGAUUAGUUAGAGAGGAUGAGGAUCUUGGGGAAGGAUUUGAUGAGUUCGUAGAAGACGGCCGGAUAUCAUUGGGGAAGAAGCAGGAGAGGGAGGCAAAGCGCCGUCAACGAAAAGAGAUGGCUGAUCUGAUCCAGCAAGCAGAAGGAAGUUCGGAAAACGACUCCGAUGAUUCAGAAGCUGAGCGACGGGCAGCUUAUGAAGCAGCGCAGACGCGUGCGGGUAUGGACGGUCUCCACAAGCACGAUGGCGCAGAAAACACUGCUGUUCAGGCUCCUUCGAAGAUCACGCCUUUGCCAGUCCUCUCUGAAUGUCUGGAACGGCUGCAGUCAACUAUGAACGAGAUGGAGCAGGAACUGGCGCGCAGACAUAAAAAGAUGGCUGAUCUUGAGCAGGAGAAGAGAGACAUAUUGGCAAGGGAAACAGAGGUACAAGAACUUCUCAAGCAGGCUGGAGCACGUUAUGCCGCAUUGCAAGCGGACUCAAACGGUGCUCAAGCUGACCUGCAAGCUGACCCACAGUCUAUUGUGGAAGCACACAAUGGUUUAACGGACCGAAUGGUUGUGGAUAGGGGGCUGGAAAGCUUUGGAAAUACUCCUACAGCGCGACCAGAAGUUGGAGAUGUAGGUUAG